AUGCUAAAAGAUUGCCCAAGAAAGCUGGAUUUUGAUGCACCGCUUCUAUCAACAAGGCGUCCGAUCCGCAUCAUGUUGCCAGCAAAUCUUGACAACAAGUCCCGAGACACUCACAACGGGGUGCCGUUCUCUUGGGAGCGAAUCCCUGGAGAGCCCAAGGACAUGGAAACAAGAGAUGACAAAAGCGACAUUGAUGUACCACAACCGAAAUUACCACCGGGCAGGUGGCAGCCACCACAAGAAGACACCAGUUACGAAGAUGGCUGCGAUGGCGACGUUGAUGAUGAUUAUGACAACCAAGAUAAUUAUAACAAAAAAGAUUGCUUCUCAGAUGCCAUUGAUAUUUUUUCAUUAGCAGAUUCAAUAGAAGAAGAUAAAGAUAAAUCAGAGGACAAUGUUGCAAUGUCAAUUGGUAGAAAUUCAGCAGUGGAGGUGGAGGAGCCUAAUUUCAUAAUUCAGAGGUUUCUACCAGAUGCUCAAGCAUUGGCUGCUGCAUCAGUUGUACACAACAAAGUUGCUACCUAUCCUAGUGUUUCUCGAGCUGUUAGCGUUAGACGUGCGUACCCUUCCCCGAAGGGCUGUGGGCUUGGAACAUUAUUCCGGUGGGGAUUGAAGCCGAAACUGUGCAGUGUUAAAAGCCCAGUGCAGGGAAAAUCUGUGAGAGUACUGAACUCUCAAUGGCGUACAAAGCCAAAACAGAAUAAUUGA